AUGUCUCGCUUGAAUGCCGCCUGGAUCCGGGAAAUCGACCCUGUGUUCGAGCGCCAUCGAAUUCCUAGCCAAAAGCUCAGGAUCGAAUGUAUUUUAUUUGGGAAGCUCAUGGUAGACGCCCUCGGAGGGUGUUGGUCAACCGCCAGGAUGGAGGAACAUCUAAAAGAGCUCCCAGAAACUCCGGUGGAGUAUUAUCGCAGAUUUCACGAGCGUAUGGAGACGCUCUCCCUCCCGCCUGCUAGGACAGAUGAUUCUAGCACUGAGGAGCAGCUAUACCUGUCGUAUCUUACAUUCCACCCUGCGCGAUUUCCUUGUGGACCAUCCGAAUAUCCUUGCCGAGUGGCUGGCUCGCGCUUGUUUAUCAGACGGGAGGGAAGGUGGCUCGACGUGACGGAAGACCCGGUGGAUUGUCAUCCUUUGCUUGUGUAUGCAGUCAAGUACUGGGACAAGCACCUUGACGACGUCCAGAGUCUAUGGGUAGAAGCACAAUUUUCAUUCUUCUCCCGCCCCAACGAGGGCAAUGGCUUCAACACAUCUGUCCGGCGGGUGUUCCCGUCAUGGUUUGCACGAGCUCGAACCGGUCCCCAUCAAAGGUUUUGGACAGACUACCGCCGAUUUUUGCACGAGUGGAUAUAUUUCCUCAGUGUGGUGGGGAAAAGUCAUGCGAAAUAUUGCCUUCGUGUUCCAAGACCAAUGCGCAGCAACAAGACACCAUCAGGACACGUGUGUCACAACGAAUACAGAAAACAUGAAGUCCCUCAAGCACGAGGAACUGCGUCAGACGUGACAGCAGCGGUGAUAUACCUUCAUCGAACAGCAACAGCAUGUCACAAUAACUCAGAGUCCAAUAGGCAGCACUUCCAGUACUGCGUCGUCCGCAAUCCACGAAUCUUCGACAAAGUUUGGAUAGAGAAGCAAAACGGCGGGUCGCAGCACAGACGCACUCUGGCACAGACACGUCAUGCCAGCUGUGCAUUCCAGAUAGACGACGGUGGGGAAUCAGAACGGACCAGCGAGCGUGUCAUUGCAAUCCCACGGGUCGAGGGUAACAUACAAGGAAUGCAGUUGUGA